AGCCAUGGGUCCAAACCCGCAUCUCUCUUGUGCUUCUCUUUCAAACAUCAAAAACCCUUUUGGAUUAAAUCCAUCUUGUUUUAAUCACAUUACUUUUUGUCUCUACUGACAUAAACCCCCCUCUCUCUCUCUCUCCUCAGCAUUUUUUUUUUAUCUUUCUUUCUCUUAUUAAAAAAUGGUCCAUAAUCUCAAUACUAUUCCUGCUACAACUGACACCUUAUGUCAUCACCACACUCUUCAAAAAUCUGUAAAUACUUCUGUAGCCUCUACUCUGAUUGAUGAAAUUACACAUGUUCAUUACCAACUAGGACAAAUUGAUUAUCUCAAACCUAGUGAACAUGUCAAUGCCUUAUUUACAAAACUGGUCACUAUUAGUACAUUUCAGUACGAUGAUACUACUGUAUCUGAUGUCUUAAACAAUGCCAAUAUACGUGCUCUCAUUCCUACUCUUCGUACAAUGGCAUCGCAAGGUGAAUAUUUCCUUGAAUUGACCUGGGCAAAUGAUCUCGUCUAUCAAGCAAAAGACUACAAUCAAGAAGCCAAGCCUGAUCUAUCACGAUUUGUUUACUAUCAAAACUACGUUGAUUUGGUCCAACUGGAAUUACAUGCACUUCAUGGUGUAGGUGCUUGUUUAAACAACAUUGUCUUUAUUGGAAGCGGCCCUUUACCUCUCUCUCCCAUCUUGAUGUAUCAGAGUUUACCCUCUUCCACCAUUGUGCAUAAUAUCGAUAGAGAUCAGGACUCCAUUACCAUCUCUAAUAAGCUCCUGGAAAAAUUAAAUAUCUCUCAUGGCUUCCGUCAACAUGUAAUGGAUGCGGUUGAUUACUCUGGUUUCGCCACAUCAGAUGUGGUCAUCUUGGGCGCUCUUGUAGGUGAGGAUGCAACCGAAAAAAUGAAAUUUUUAAAAUCCAUCGGCAGUAAAAUGAAGUCCGGUUCGUUUUUAAUGGCUCGUAGCGCUCAUUCUUUGCGUAAGUUAUUAUACCCUUCUUUAGAACCUUAUCAAGUUAAUACAUGUGGUUUUGAAACUGUAUUGGUUUUGCAUCCAUAUAACGAUGUUGUCAACUCGGUCUUAAUUGCAAAGAAAAUCUAAAAAAUAAAUAAAUCCGUUACACAAUCCAAGUGUUCAAAUGC